ACUAUCCCGUCUGAAGAAUUCAUCGGGUUCUUCAAAAUAGUCCACGAAGGGGAAACCCUUUGGAAUUCUUUUACUCUCGAGCGGUUUCUAGAAGCCAACCACAAACUCAGGAUGAGUCCCCCAGGUCAACUUCACAAUCUUCCGCCUCCUCCCUCAACUCAGGGACUGUCAUCUCGGGCUAUUGCGGCCAAGCGCAAGGCGCUCUCCAAGCCGAUAGCUGAGGCUUGCGAGGAGAAAAAAGAGUUUCUUGCGGCUACCAUUGAUAAGAAGGACUACAGUGGGACCCUGCUGGUUGAUGAUGGCAGCGCCGAGGCUGCCAGAUCCGUCGUUGCUUUCAGAUCGACACCUCGGCGUGAACGUCGCGAUGACCGUUCUCCUCGGAGGCCAUCUCGCAGUGACUCUUCUCCGCAGAGAGAGAAGUCACGGGCCCGGACUGACCGUUCUCCUCCCGUCCCCCCUGCUGAGCCAAUGGGUCCUCCUCCUCCGGUUGACAUGUCUUCUUCUUCCCAACGUAGUGGUGAGAAGACGAACCAGAGAGCGGCUCCUCAGAAGGAAAGUUCUGAGUCUCGAGGUGACUCUUCGAAGUCAAAGCCUGUUCUUGUCCCUCAGGUCAAAUCGCUUUCAGCCAUGGAGAAAGAGGGUAGCGUCUUUCGGUGCUUCAAAACCCGAUCAGGCGCGAUCCUGUCGGAUUUUGUCAAGUGGCGCCCUGCAAUUCGCGAACGCUACUUGCUUCAUGCUCAUCACUCAUCUCGGGCUAACGGCGAGCUUAAUGACAUGAUUGAACAUUAUGAGGGGUUGGUCAGUGGUCGGGAAAAGGAGAUUGACGUGUGGAUGGGCAAGUUCUCUAAUCUCGAGGCUGAUCUCCGUUCCUCUACCGAUUCCAAGAACGAUCUUGAGGACAAGGUUGAUAGCCUAGCAUCCGAGCUUGCGAAGAUAAAGGGGGAGCUGCAGGACCAGUACGACCAGAAUCACCAACUCUAGAGUGAACUUUCUGGAGUUCAGGGUAGACUUCGCAAGCUCGAAUCAACCGCCGAUACCCUGAAUAACCAACUUAUUGAGCUUAACACGAAGUACAAAGCGAUCACCAAGUUGCGUGAUUCCGAGUUGGCAAGGUCGGCAUCGAAAGCCAGAAAAGAGGUCAAGGGACGGUCAGAUCUGGAAUCCGACAUCAAGGAGCACGAGAGCAACUUGAUCUUGCUGGAUCAAAUCCAUGACCAAGAUUUCUCCGAAGUGCAAGAAAGGACCGAGCUGACGGCUAACUUAUCUGAAAAGCGAAGUCGCUUGGCAGAUCUCCCUGCGUCAACCUUUAACCCUCAGCACUUCGAGGAAUUCUUCACAGAAUCGCCUCCCAUAAGUGAAUCGGGUCUAGACUGGGCAGGCUCAAGUGAGACGGAAGGUGUCAUCCCUUCCGAAGUUCCUGCUGCAUCGGAGGCUACCCCGAGAGAUGGUUGUACCGUGGAGAGUAAACCAGGAACUUCUUCUGAUCAAGCACCAGCCAAGGAGGCGAGUGACACUUUGACAGCCGAGACGGAGUCCGAGGUGGCUGUUAGUCCGUAA